AUGUCGACACCCGCGGACGAAAAGAACCCUGCCAUAUUCAAUGUGACGUUGAGCGAUGGCGACGAGAAAGACAUCAAAGUCCCAAAGGAGCACGCGGCUUCUGUCGAUGAGCAACAGUACGACUUCGAAUCGGAGGAGUUCGCCAGCAUACCAGAUCUAGUUCGAAACGUUGUCAGCUUUGAGGACGAUCCAACGCUACCAACUAUUACCUUCAGAUCGGUGCUUCUUGCCGCUGUCUUCUGUAUCAUUGGGAGUAUCGUCUCUCAACUAUCAUAUUUUCGAACAACCCCUCUUGGUCGACUCCUAGCUCGCGUACUCCCAGAUUACACCGUCCCAUUGGGACGGUUUUCGUUCACGUUGAACCCGGGCCCGUUCUCUGUAAAGGAGCAUGCGAUCAUAGGGAUUGCUGCAAACUCGGGAAGUCAGGGGCAAUGGGCAAAUGGCCUAACGAUGAGCCCGGCUGUCUCCCUGUUCUUUGGUUGGGGAGCUUCUCUGCUGGGCUUCGCCUUUGCUGCUAUGGUCCGCAGGAUCUUGAUUGACGACCCAGAGUUCAUAUUCCCUCCGUCCCUGCAACAGGUCACAUUGUAUCGAAGCAUGCAAGGUACUUCGGAAUUGCACUCUGCUAUAGCCAAAAACAAGAUGAAGAUAUUCUAUGUCAUAUCGACAGUGACUUUCGCCUGGCAAUUUCUCCCCGAGUUUGCUUUCCCAAUGGUAGCCGCUCUAGCACCGCUCUGCUGGUUCGCUCCCAGCAACCACAAAAUCAAUUUCCUCGGAUCUGGGAAAGGAGGUAUCGGCUUGCUAAACAUCACACUCAAUUGGUCGAAUAUCACCUCCACGGUUAUCACUUAUCCGUACAGUGUCCAGCUUGUUAUAUUUAUCGCUUUUGUUAUAACAAACGGGACUUCUUACCCUUUCCAGACCCUGCACUCGAGCGGCAGCCAACAGGUAAACGAAACAAGAUACGAAGAAGUUGGCCUAUCCUAUGCUGGAGCCCAAUUCACGUGGGGGAUCUUUAUGUGGUAUGCGUCGUAUAUCUCAUCAUAUGUGUGGGCCGCGCUGUUUCUUGCACCGAAGCUUCGGCAAUUGUGGAAGAAUAGGAAAAAUCUGACAGCCUUCCGCACUGAUCGCCUGAAUCGUAUUAUCCAAAGAUAUCCUGAUGUAACCAAGUGGGAGUGGUUCACACUUGCUGUAAUCCCUCUGGGCCUGCUUCUCAUCAUUGUGGCCACGGGCUCUGUUUGGAUGUCUACAUGGACUUACGUCGUGGCGAUUGCUUUUGGCGCAUCGGCAAUGUUGCCCAUGAGUCUUGUCUAUGCGAUAUCGGGAUACUCAAUGAAAGUCGGUAUAUUUAACGAGCUCGUGUAUGGUUAUAUGAUCGAGGCGAAAGGGUCGAAUAGGCAUCCACUUGGACAGCUUGCCUACCGUAUUAUCUCAGGGAAUACAUGGUACGAUUCUAGGGCCGUCCUUGAGGAUCAAAAGAUUGGACACUACCUUCACAUCCCGCCACGCGAUGUCAUUGGCAUCCAAAUUAUCGCCAACAUGAUCUCACUCCCGGUGAACUAUGGCGUAAUGCGAUGGGUUCUCGCAACCAAGUACGAUUAUUUGACGGGCGUCCUAGACGAUCCGUCCGGUCAGUGGACGGCUCAAGACUUUACAAGCUAUAACACCGAAGGUAUUAUGUACGCGCUUGUUGGACCCAAGAAGCUUUUUGCCUCUUCUUACUUUAGCCCGGUGCUCUGGGGCUUCCUGGCCGGCGGUGUGGCGCCGGCAUUGAUAUGGUUCCUGCAUCAGAAGUACCCUCGCGCUCGUUUCGACCUAUGGAACACCACAAUUUUCUUUGCGAGCGCGGCUACCUUCCGUGGAAACCUGAGCACAGGACCCUUCACCACUAUCAUCGUCGGGACCGUAUUCAAUUACUACCUGUACAGGUAUCGCCACGUGUGGUGGAACAAGUGGGCGUACAUCAGUGGUGCGGCGCUGGACACGGGCUUCAACUUGAAUCUGCUGUUCAUAUUCCUUUUCCUCGGCACUACGGGCACGGCGAUGGUGAACUGGUGGGGCAACAACAAGACAAAUACUGAGAGGUGCUUUGCAUUGGACACAUGA